CGUCUACCGCAAAUAGGGCCCAGGGACGGACGACAAAGACGAGACGAAAAGAAACCGAAACCUCUUCUCUCCUACGAACCAUCGCCGCCGCCACCAUGGCCGCCGCCGGUGGCCGAACCCUUGGCCGGAGCAGCUUCUCCCGCGCCACGUCCAACCCGGUGGCCUCCUCAUCCGGCGCCGCUGGCGUCAGGAUUGGCCCGAACGGUGCCGCUUUCGUCUCCUCGGGCAUCCCCGACCUCGACAGGAUUUUGGGUGGUGGAUUCCUUCUCGGCUCAGUUGUAAUGAUCAUGGAGGACGCUGAUGCACCACACCACCUACUGCUUCUUCGGUGCUUCAUGUCUCAGGGUGUUGUGCACAAACAGCCCCUGCUCUUUUCAGGAGCUAUGAAGGAGCCGCGGUUGUUCCUUGGUACACUACCUGCUCCAGUUUCAUCUUCAAAGGAGGAUGGACGACACAGAGCAAUGGGGGCUGCGGCAAGUAGUGAUGGACGAGCAAAUGAUGAGGGUUUGAGGAUAGCUUGGCAGUACAAGAAAUACUUUGGGGAUGACUCUCGUGCUGAACAUAAAGACAAUAAGCAGGAAUUUAGCAAUGAUUUUGAUUUGAGGAAGCCCUUGGAAAGGCAUUUACUUAAUGGGCAGAAUAUUGAAUGUGUAAGCAUUCAAGAUGCUGACACUCUGAGCAGCCUCCAGGAUUGUUGUUCUGCUUUCUUAUCCAAGCUUCCAAGAAAAGAUGGUGGGAGUUUAACUGCUGGGAGAAUUGCUAUACAAUCACUCUGUGCACCGCAAUGUAGAUACUUUGAGAAGGACUGGGACAUGGUCUCAUUUAUCAGAUCACUGAAGGCCAUGGUGCGCUCAUCUAACUCUGUUGCUGUUAUAACAUUUCCGAGUACAGUUCUGUCAAAUUCGUUCUGUAAGAGAUGGCAGCACCUGGCAGAUACACUUCUGUCCAUCAAAGCAAUUCCAGGCAAGCUUGGACUUUUGAAAUUUAUUUUCAGUAACCAUUUCGAUCACCUACAUUACUCUGUCUUUCAAUUGCCCGUUUACUUGGUUACAGAUGAGGACAAAGACUUGGCAAAACUGCUCACAGGAUAUCAAGAUAUGGUUGGUUUUUUGCAUGUCCACAAGGUGGCACAAACUAAUAGUCAGGUCCCUGUGAUCUUAGAGGCAUCCACACUUUCUCUGAAGCUACGAAAGAGGAGGUUGCUGGUGCUGGAACGGUUGAACCAGGCUCCAGUUGAUGGGUCAACCGGGCCUUCAUCUGCUGCAUCAAGUAGUUGCUCAUCACAAGGUUCACAGCUUGAUUUCUAAUUCAGAGUCAGAUGGUAUGGCUAGUUUUCCUUGAGAGGAGCCUGGCAGUGUUGUGUACUAGUUACUUCUGGCAGCAGAAUGCAACUUUUGGGGGUUUAGGUUUUAGAUAGGGAGGCAGUUUGAUGGUUCACCGUUAACCAUCCUCCCUCAUGUAUCUAUCAGUUUGUUGUACACCACUUUCAAUAGUAUUUGAACUGGAUAAACUUCUAUAUAAUCUGCCAACGGCAGGUAAUUGUCCAAGUUUGUCGAAUUGCCUUGAACAUAUUACAAAACUGUGGAUUUUCUCAUUUUGUC